AUGCUUCGACUUGGCCUUGCUUCUUCUUCCCUACGACAACUCGCAGUCCGUGGCUACGCAAAGGACCUGCGCUUCGGAUCGGAGAGCCGAAAAGCCCUUCUCGUCGGCGUGGAUCUACUCGCCGAUGCAGUUGGAGUGACCAUGGGACCAAAAGGGAGAAAUGUCGUCAUCGAGCAAUCGUGGGGAAGUCCAAAGAUCACGAAGGAUGGAGUCACCGUGGCAAAGGCGAUCGAUCUCGAGGACAAGUAUCACAAUCUUGGAGCAAAAUUGAUCCAGGACGUUGCCAACAAAGCGAAUGAGGAGGCUGGAGAUGGAACAACUUGUGCUACCGUUUUGGCUCGUGCAAUUGCCAAGGAAAGUUUCGAGAUCAUCAGCAAAGGUGUGAACGCCGUCGAAAUUCGCCGUGGUAUUAUGGCCGCCGUUGAUGUUGUCGUCAGCGAAUUGAAGGCGAUGAGCAAACAAGUCACUAGCCCAGAAGAGAUUGCUCAAGUCGCUACAAUCUCUGCGAAUGGUGACAAGAUUGUCGGUGAUCUCAUCUCAACGGCCAUGAAGAAAGUUGGAAACAAAGGAGUUAUCACGGUCAAGGAUGGAAAAACGUUACAAGACGAAUUGGAAGUGAUUGAAGGAAUGAAAUUCGAUCGCGGCUACAUCUCUCCGUAUUUCAUCAACACCGCCAAAGGAGCCAAGGUUGAAUAUGAGAAGGCUUUGGUGCUGCUUUCCGAAAAGAAAAUUGCCCAAGUUCAAGACAUCGUCCCUGCUUUGGAGCUCGCCAACAAACAUCGAAGACCUCUUGUGAUUAUCGCUGAAGAUGUUGAGGGAGAGGCUUUGACGACACUGGUGCUUAACAGAUUAAAGGUUGGGCUCAACGUGGUUGCUGUGAAAGCGCCUGGAUUUGGUGACAAUCGAAAGAACACGCUGAAAGAUAUAGCCAUCGCCACCGGAGGAACUGUGUUCGGAGACGACUCAAACCUUGUGAAAUUGGAGGAAGUUCAAGCACACGACUUCGGAGAGGUUGAAGAAGUUGUUAUCACCAAGGACGACACCCUGCUACUCCGUGGAAAGGGAGAACCCAAAGAAAUUGAAAGAAGAGUUGAGCAAAUCGCAGAGGAGAUUGAAAGCAGUACAUCCGAGUACGAGAAAGAAAAGUUGAAUGAACGAUUGGCCAAACUUUCGAAGGGAGUUGCAGUACUGAAGGUGGGCGGCUCGUCAGAGGUUGAAGUCAAUGAGAAGAAAGAUCGCGUCACUGAUGCUUUGUGUGCAACUCGUGCAGCUGUUGAAGAGGGCAUCGUUCCCGGAGGAGGCGUUGCUUUGUUGCGCACGUUAAAGGCAUUGGACAAAUUCAAGGCCCCUAAUGAGGAUCAACAGCGAGGUGUUGAAAUCGUCAAGAAGGCUAUCAGACAACCCAUCUCAACGAUUGUUCGCAACGCUGGAAUUGAGCCAUCUUCAAUUGUCGAGAAAGUCCUUGCCAACGAGAACCCUUCAUAUGGAUACGAUGCCUUGAACGACAAGUUCGUCGAUAUGACUGAUGCUGGAAUUAUCGAUCCAACAAAGGUUGUUCGAACUGCUCUCCAAGAUGCUGCUGGUGUCGCUUCUCUUUUGGCAACAACGGAGUGCGUUGUGACGGAGAUCCCAAAGAAGGAAGCUGCGGCUCCAGCGAUGGGCGGAAUGGGGGGAAUGGGAGGCGGUGGCAUGUUC